AUGUCAGUGGUGAAAUCAGAGCGUAACGGAGUUGCUACAUCAUCGAGAAAACAGGACAGAAAGCGAGCUAAGCAACUUAGGAAGCUGCAGAAAGUCGCGAUUGCUAAACAUCAACCGCUCGAAAAGGUUAUGGUGGACAUUCUUGGCACCAAAAAGAAGGCGAAGAAGAAAAAGAGUACGCGAGUAGCGGAUAUAGGUGAAGCAUGGAAGGACGAAGACCGUUCUUUUUCUGAAGAUGUGCAUACGCGCAAGCACAAUAGGAAAGUAGCAUAUUCGGGCUCUGAAUCAGAUUCUGAUGAAGAUUUGACUUAUGAACAGUAUCUCAAAGAAGUUCAG